CAGGCACGCUGUCCCUUUAAGAGUUACAACAGUAAGCUCUGCUUUACGGCUGUAGAGCAGCUACCUCAGAGCAGGAGAGUUCGCGGAUUUGUUUGCGCUUGACUGAUGCUGAGAGGGGAGAGGACGUGGCUGAGCUGGAGCCAGUGUCUGCUAGCCGCCUUUCACCUCAAAUUUAUGCUGUUUUCCUGCUAGGGCACUGUCAAACAUAAAUAGAACUAUGGCAAAGUUGGUGUACAAAGUGGAUAAUUUAAAUGACAAAAUGGACAAAAUCGCAGAGGAUGUGGACCACCUGAAAGCGGAAGCAACAGCAGCUAUGCCACAGCACACCCCCCUGAGAAUUCCCAAGGCCUUAUCUCGCGAAGUCAAAAGGAUCCAUGCUGGUCUGGGCAGUGACCAUAAGUACAAGGGCAAUGAGAGGUUUGCGUCUGAGUACAACUCAGAGGUGACCAAACUCAUUUCUCAGGCUAUAAUGGACGGGGAUGACUUUGAUGCUUCUUUGAUAAGAAGAGCCUGCAACCGUUAUUAUGAGAACGUUAAAAGGGAGUUCAAGCUUUUGGUGGAGAACAAGACGGCAGAAGAUCGCCGGGCCAAAGCCCUCAACAACCGGCGACACAGGGUCUUCUCCAUCUCUCCGAAAAUUUGAGGCUGUCGGCUGGCUGCGGCUGUGUGGGACUGGAGGUUGUCUACGCUGUUGUUCGCUCCCUCCAGCAGCGUUUAACUGCGGCCUGCUGCUCUCCCUCUCCUCCCCGGCGGAGACGCUGUGCCUGUGCUCUGUGCUCUGUGGCACGUUUUGGCCUGGCUGUGCGCUGCGGUGCUCCACUCUCCGGCGGUCAACGCUCUGGUGCACCGGGACUCUACUGCUGUCUUGUUUGAGCUUGUCUUGUAUUGCUGUGUAUGCUGCCUUGUCAAUUAGUUCAUCUAUUGUCUUGCAUGCCGCAUGUUUUGCACAGCCGCAUUUAUAUUGUUGGCUCCCACUGUGGCCGCAAUUAUGCCACUGUUGUUUUACCCUGUUUGUUAUCGCCAGUGACUACUAUAAGUGCCGUGCUGUGAUUGGCUGAUCUCCCGCACCAUUGUACGCGGGGACGAACUGCAAUUGGCCCACUCUUGGGUCAGUCCCAGUAAACCCUGAUUUAUUUUAUUUAUUUACUUGGUGUUGUAUAUUAUGAAUAUUGUGUUUUGAGUUUAUUAUAAUUUGCUCUGCUUUAUUUUUGUUUUCUUUCUUAAUGUUUUUGUGUGCUUAUGUUUGGUUUGUGUGAGGUUUAAGUGUUUAAUUCAUUGUUUAUUCCCUUGGUUGUUUUGAGUUUUUCUUUAUUGUAAUUGUUUUGAUUUCCUACGCAUACUGGUACUGGUGACCCUAAGUGAGAUUGUUGUAGUGGCCGUGUUACAGUAUUUGAAAAGACCUUUGUCACUGUUUGUAUUUUACUUUGUUAAUAUUGUGAAAAUAAAUCUAUUUUUAUAUUGA